AUGCCGUCCGUCGCCGAGGAGCAGCCCCGGCUGACGAUGCCCGGCCGGAAGCGCAGACGAGACAACGACGUGAACGACCUGCAGAUACAGGGCCCCUUGUACGAGAAACUCGCUCAGUACUCGGCUGCCGCCGUCGCCUCGACGAACUGGAACGCUGACGCCGGCGUUUUUGGCAGGCCCAUCCAGCAGCAGCUGCACCACCAACAACCGAACUUCUUUCCCCAGUACCCCAGCAAUGGCCUCAUUUUCCAACACGGCGGUCUCGAGGGUAACCAGCAGCACACAAACCUCGACGCCGUCCCGAGGAAGAUAGCGCCCCUCCCAGGCGCCAAGAGACAGCGUAUGUUCGAUGAAGAGGAGGAUAACGGCCCAUGGGGAGCAGACUCGACAACAUCGCCGCAGAGACAACGGCGAAGCAGCAAAUCUCCUUCAGCCCGUGUGCUGCAAGAUCAGACCGACGCGGGAAACAGACCAAAGACGCCGUCGUUGAGCCCCUGCCAUAUCUGCCAUCGCCGGCCUACCAAGAAAUCGGACCUCGACUCCUUUGCGGACUGCCAGGGCUGCGGCCAACGGACGUGUUACGUGUGCAUCAGACAGUGCAAAGGCUGGAACAGAGACGGACGGCCCAGCGAAGGAGAUGAACCGGAGCGGGAGGACGAUCUCUCGAGAUCUUUCCACAUGGACGAUGUCGAUGACGAGCGACAACGACAGAAAAGCGAGGAGCACGACGUCGGACGGGCCAAGAGGCAGGACGGUUGGACAGGGGGCGGACACAGGACCAUGAUCUGCAGCCGAUGCUGUAUCGAGAGCGGCACCGAGGGCGAGCCUGUCUGCCUUGGAUGCCUCUCGCGGAUGGAGUCUGUUUAG